AGGGGGAGGGGGGAGUGAGGCGUUUACUAAAGGAAGGGGGUUUAUUUGAGAGGGGGGAGCUUAAUAGAGGAUUUACGGUAAUUAACUUAGCAGUUUAUGCUUGGAGCCUAAAAUGUCAGCUCCAAUAAAAUAUUUUGCCGUUUUUGGACAGGGAGCAGAGAUGUUGUGUUUGACCUUGAUUCCAGAUUAUUUUGCCUUACGUCCGAAGAAAUAAACGCGGCCGAUGGAAGCGUCGUACCUUUUUUGUGCGAAGCAAUUUUUGUUUGUUACUGAAGAACGAGUCACUAAUCUUGGCACGUCAUCCGAUAUGAGCAUAAAGACGUUUCAGACUUCGAGAUAAACUUUUUCCUUAAGACGCGAGCUUUCGAUUUCAUCUCAGAAUCUUUGUCAAGUGAGAGACCCUUUUUUUUCACGCACAGUUUAACCUUCAAACGUACACACAAAUUCACACCACUACCGUGGUAGAAAGGGGGAAGGGGGGGGGAUGAUGGAUGGAGCCCCUCCCCAGAGUUUUGAUACGUUGCAGUAUCUCGAAACUAUUUUGUCUUUAGUGGAAAGCCUUUGAUCUUUUCAACAAGAUGAGGUAUAUUUUAUUGGUGGUGGCGCGGCUAGACUGUUCACGGUCCCCUAUUUUUCCGUGAGAUCGUCGAGAUAUGGCGCGUCUUACCAUUAAUCGCGGCCAUCUUGAUUUUCAAAUGUGCCAAGGGGGAGGUCUUCGGGGAUUAUAGCUCUAGGGGGAGGGGGGCGAGAAAAAUAGAGGGACUGUAAUAACAUCACUGCAGCUCGCGUUCACGGAGCAAUGCAGGCGUUUGAUUGGUCAUUAGACAAUAGAAGUUAAUUUGCGUCGAAGACAAGUUUUGUUUAAGUUGCCGACACUGACAAGUCGUUGUUUCUAUAAAACGUACGCUUUCAUAGUACAGUGCCAAACACACGAAGCAUUUUUGGUUUGUUGCGGAUGAAUCACGUAAGCCAACAUGGUUUUGAAGCAGCCCGGCCAGGGGAAUGUUGUAACGCAGUUCGGCCAAACGAACUGAAAUUUAACGCUACGCCUACGCAAAAAUGACGACCUGUCAGAAAUGCCUGGCUUUUUAUCGGGAGGUUUCACCGUUUUAAUCUGUGGUAAGCGAGCAUGCUUAGCACUUGGAUUAGGGAAAUGUUUCACGUGUGCAUGUUUGCCGAUUUUAACUGGAGGAAUGUCCCAGAAACUGUAUAAAAUCACUUUUUCGAAAGAAGAUAUUUGUAAACAUGCGAAAUCGAUACUAAAUGUGUCUAGCAUGUUUUUAAUCGCCAGCGGAGUUUCUUAAUUAAUGAAUGGUAAAAGGCAAGAAAUUCCUGUCACGUCUCCUGAACGUGAGCUGCAGUGAUGUUAUUACAGUCCCUCUGUUUUUCUCGCCUCCUCCCAAACCGCCCUCUGCCCCUCAUGCAAGAUGGCAGCCCGUAACGCAAAGCGCUCGAUGGCGAUGAUCUUACGGGAAAAUAGGGGACUGUGAACAGUCUGUGGCGCUGCUGAAGGCCUGUGAUGUCACCAAAAAUGGUAGCCAUCUUGGUCACUAUUUUGGAUGUUACUUAGAAUUAGAAAUCAUUUUAUAACCACCAUAAAUGGUAUUUUUUUGUGCUUGACAUGAAAAAUAACACACAAUUAAGCACUUUGCAUCAUUUUAUCCACAAGCGUUACUUUUAUUGUUGAAAGAAGUUGAAAAAACGUGCAUUUCACUCAAAAAUGGCUUCACCACCUGCUACUGACCAUCACUAAACUUGCCCCAAAAUGCGCCCGAGGGAUAAACGUACAGCUACUGAAAACGUCGGGUGGUGAUGUUUUAUCUUCUAGAAAAAAAAAAACAAAAAAAAAAGCUCAGGGGGAUGGAGGAGGGAGGCAACGUUUUUCGUUAUUGUAAUAACUUUAAAGCUUGUACGUUUUUUUAACAACAUAUUUCAGACUGCCUUCGAGUGUGCCAUGAAAGCGAAAACUACUUUUGAGAAAGUUACGACUGAUGCUCUGGACAUCUUAUCAUCAAACGCCCCUGCAAUUGGACUCAACAAAAGCGAAUUCCAGAAUAAGGUAAUAUUCUGUAGAUUUUGGUCUCCGAGACCAAUGCUAUAAACAAAAGGGACGACAAAGUUGUAGGACAAAAUAAUAAAUUGCAAAAAAAAAAAAAAAAAACAAAACAUUAACACAGCGACGCCAAAAAAAAAAAACAAAAAAACAUUGGUAAAUGGAUAAAAUUAAGUUAAAUUAAAUAAAUGAAUAAAAAAUGAAAUUAAAUCAACAAAAACAAACAAGUACAACCCCCCCCCCCCCCCUCCGCAACAACAAAAAAAUCUUAACGAUACGAAACUAAUAGCGAGGGAGACGUAUCCCAUUCCCGACCCCAGAGCUUACGCUUCUGGCUCCGUGCGUAAGCUAGCUUAUUCCUCCCUGGCCGUCAUACGCAGAAGAGCUCUGGGGUCGAGAUUGGACGAAUCCAAAAACUUUUGGUUAGUUCUAUGCAUCAUCGUCAUACCCAUGGAAAACAUUCUCCGGUGAUUGAAUAAUUUAACUUUACUUAAUAUGAUGGAAAAGUGACUGUUUAUUUUCCCUGUAUCGUUUGCUCUGUUACGAUACCAAAACGCUUCAUGAGCGUAUUCAGUUUAUGUUUGUUUACAUUCUAAUUUUUAUCUCGUAGUUUCGCUACAUGGGUACAUACACUGGAGAUGGGAAUAAAUCACAAGACGCGUUAUCUGAGGUCAUGAUUCUUGUCAAAGAAGAAGCAAAGACUCAUGACCUAAAUUCGCUCAUAAAUGUAAGUUAAAUCAAUGUUACUAUUUUACAUUCUUGGAAAAUUUGUUUUAACUUUGUAAUAUGUGACUUCAGUGAUUCCCUUUAAAAAAAUAUUGCUGAGCCAGUUGUGGUUACUCUUUUCUUUACCACGACUGAGCUGUCUAGAAAAAAAAAACUAUUUUUGCAGUAGAAUGAAGCUUAUCAUAAGCUAGUUCAGGAAAAGUUGACACUAUUUUAUUUAUUAACAAGGCGAAAAUAUCAGCCUUAACACUAUCAAUUCCUGAUUCUACGUUUGCAUAAAUAAACGAUGUUUCAUCAUUAUUUUAGCUGGUCAAAAGAGCGAUAGAGACGAAAUGGAUACGGGAUAACGACAUACUUCCUUCUUAUCACUCCACUGUUAUAUACAGCUUGGAUGAGUACAUAAAGUAUUGCACAAGAUUUGCUUGGUGUAUGGUGUCCCAAGUUCCUCCUUUGGAAAUUGAAUACAAGAACAAAGUUUUUGACUCCAGAACGCACGUUCUGAGCCAAGCAUUCAGUUUUGGAGGAGAAAAUUGCCCGGAUCAUCGUAGGAGGCAUCCGAAAGCCCAGCAGACUAUUAUGUGCUACCUGUGGCCCACCCUACAGGAUUGUCAAGGAAAGGUUAUAGUAAAAGGAGAGGUGAUCUUGAGUAAGAGGUAG